AAUACCUCUUUCAAUCUGUGGAGAACCCUGACUUCCAGUUCCUUUGCUGCGAUCUAAGUCCUAGACCUUUCUCUGAACACAUUGUUCCAUAACCGCAACGUCAUGUCGAAGCCACACUCCAAGACUGUCCGCGGAACACUCGAUAACCCCAAAACGCAGGCUGCUAUCAAGUCGGGCAGCAAACCACCGCAGCUUGGGGAUCACGUCUCAUUGAAACCAGAGGGAGACAACCCACCCACGCCAGAAAACCAGAAAGCCACUUCGUCACUUGUCUCAAACUCAUCGUCAGACACGAACGACGAAGACCUCCCUCACUCCAAGAAGGUCAGGGGUACGCUUGCGAAUUCGGAUGGGAAGCAAGUCAACAAGACCCAAUUGGGUGAUCCAGCCAGCUUGAAGGCGGAGACAAGUAGCACAGAGAUGGGAAAGCAGACGGAGAGGGAGGGUAUGCAGAAGAGCAAACUUUGAUUGUGCCCCUAAAGAAUAAUCAUCGAAGCGACUUGAUUAAGGAGCGGAUUGUCAAAAGACCUAUCAUCUGCUCUGUUUGCUAGACGUACACCGUGCUGAAGUGGGGAGAUUGCGGGGCCCCGCAUUACACAAUUUUGAAUGGAGAAAUAGUACUCAAUACAACAAAUCUUAUGAUAUGACUUCUAUAUGAUGAUGAAUGAUGUUCAAU